AUGCCUAUCGGUGACUUGUUAGCUUCAAUCAGCGGAGGUGCGGGCAAGGCACCGACGUCGAGCCGCCAGAGCCCAGCCGCCAACAUCAAGCGCAAGGCGAGCUCCGAGCUCGCCAGCGGCGGCACCACCAGCAAGGCGCGCCGCAUCACGCCCCCGCCGUCCAGGCCGAACCCGACGUCUCGACCGACCAGCGACAGGGCCCCCUCCUCCGGCGGCCCGCGGUACGCCGGCACAGCGGCCAGCCGACCUGCCGUGUCGAUGACGAGCAAGCCCGCAAGACCCGCGCCGUCCACAUCCUCAUCGGUCGCCGUAGCCGCCGCCGCCAAGAUAGCGCCGAAGAAGGGGUCGUUUGCCGAGAUCCUGGCCCGCGGCAAGGCCGCGCAGGCAUCCAUGGGCCAGGUCGGCAAGAUCCAGCACAAAAAGGUCGAGAACCCGCCGAAGCGGUCCAAGGAGGAGCUGCAGGAAGCCGCGGCAGCCGCGCAGGCAUCUCGCGGGAAGAAGCCGGCGGCCGCCUCCGCGUACGGCGGAACGUCGCGGCCCUCGCAGCGGCCGGUGGGCAGCGACGGUGCCAGACGGCCAGGUGCCAGCAGUUCGUCCUCCACGACCGCUGCCCGACAACGGCCACCGGCGUCAGGUUCUGCCGUUCGCAGGCGCGGCGCUGCGGCGGCGGCCGCAGAGCCCGAGAGGAAGGUCAAGAAAGCCGCGACGGCGACGACUGGGUACGCGGGCACCGCGCGGCCCAAGCCCGGCGGCGACGUCAAGACGCGCCACGACGCUCCGCGCGGCGGCGCGCUCCUCAGCGGGCCCAAGGUCCGCCGCGCGCGCGAGUACGACGACGAGUUUGACGAGGACAUGGAUGACUUCAUCGACUACGACGAGGAGGACGACCAGGAUGGCGGCGAGCCUCGCGGCUUCAACUACGCGUCAGACGGCUCGUCGGACAUGGAGGCCGGCAUGGACGACAUUUACAGUGAGGAGGACCGCGCGGCGCGCAUCGCCCGCCAGGAGGACAUUCGCGAGGAGAAGCUGGAGAAGGAGCUCAAGGCCGCCAAGGAGGAGCGUCGCCGUCGCGCUCUGGACGGCUACAGGUGA